UAACAAACUCUAACACCUUUUUAAAUUAUAAUGUUACAAGUUUUGACUCUCACGUGUUGUUUAACGCACGUAUCAUACUUAUUGGUUUGUUUGUUUGUUUGUUUGUUUUAGAUAACCAGUAACCUAGUUUUCUUUUCUAACUGGUAACAAUCUCUUACACCUUUUUAAAUUGUUGCAACAACUCUUAAAUACAUAUCUUGACCCCUUUUUUAUUCUUUUCCAGAGACAAAAAAAAAAAAAGAUCAUUACAUUGUUUCUAUUUUGUCUAUGUUUUAACCUUUUUCUUGAAAUGCAGUGUGUAUGUAAAAAAAAACUUAAUAAAAACUUCCUUAUACCAUUUAAUAAUCAUACCAACGUUUUAACAUUUUAAAGUUUAAAUCAUAUAGUUUAUGAACAGUUUUCAACCCCGGGCAGGAAGGGGGACUGUACAGGGAGGGGUCGGGCGGGUUCAAACAGGUGUACAAAACAGAUGGCUUUUAUGACCCUCAUCAAUCAAACUUUUUGACCAUAAGCCACCCUAUAUUCUCUCUAGCAUCCCAGAUGUAUAUGACUUACUUUCUUCAGAUGAACAACCACAAAGAUUAUUAUAAAGAGAAUCCAUCUCUGAGUCCAUAUAAUGCAAGUGGAUAGUCAUCCAAUAUUCUUCAAAAACCCACAAAGCAGUCACAACCAUAAUCCAUACAACCCCAGUGGAUAAAUCAAUGUCUUCUGAAGUGAAACGAUCUAGAAAAAUACUAAUAUUUAUAACUACAAACCAUCGGCUUUGGCCAGCUGUCAAACAUGGCUUCAUGAGUUUAUGCUGGAUGUAAACGAAGAGCACCAGAAGUUAUUAGAAAUGGCUACCACUGAUACCUGACAAUGAAAAUGUGAAACAUUCAUAUUCUAGGUAAUCCAUCUCAUCCUUGCAGGGGAUUUCCUGGAGUGGCUAAGACAAAACAGAGAUUAAAAAGCAUUCUAACUGUGUAAGGUCAAUAAAUGCAUCCUCGGUCAAAGGACAUGUUGCACAACUACACUCGAAUAAAAUGAAAGUAGAAAGAACUUGCAUUCACACCCAACUGUUCUUUGUAUAAUGUACUCAGUUUAUACUAGAGCUGUUUAUUUUCAUCUAUUAAAUUCAGAAAUGUUCAUAGCUCUGUAGAUAUGUGCACCUGGAACGUGAGCAUGUUCCGAGUCUUGAUAUCUGCAGCAGCUCUUCUUACAUCUGAAGGGCUCUUGGUUCAAGGACCUGCUCAGCCUCUGGUGGCACAGCUGGGGGGUUCCAUCAUACUGCCCUGCUCUGUGGAAACCCCGUUACCUGUGGAGGAGCUGGAGGUCGAAUGGAAAAGAACAGACGAAGAGGCAUUAGUGCACUUGUUUCAGGAUGGACCGGACAGACCUGAGGCUCAGUAUCAGUCUUACAAGGACAGAGCACAUUUUUUUUCUGAGCAGAUCUUUAAAGGAAACUUCUCAAUCCUGUUGGAAAAUAUAACAGUUGCAGACACUGGUCUUUACAGAUGUGUAGUUUACUCAUACCAGGAUGUUGGAGAGAUCUCGGUUACAAUUCAACAUGUGGAGCGUGUAGUUGUGACAGGAAAAGAUCAAAUUAUACUUGCACGUGUUGGUGAGGAUGUUGUUCUAAACUGCAUGGUGGACUCACAUAUCCCUCCUCAACGCUUUGACGAGGUCUCAUGGAAGAAGGUAGACAAAAGUCCAGACAUCAUCCCUGUGUUGCUUUUCCAAAAUGGGACGAUAUUUUCAGGAUCGUCUCACAAGCGUUACAUAGACAGAGCAGAGUUCUUCAGAGAAGAAAUUCCCAAAGGCAACUUCUCAAUAAGACUAAAAAAUGUCCAGACUGCCGACAAGGGAGAAUACAUGUGUGAAGUCCACACAGAGAAAUCAGUGAACUCUGCAACUGUAGAAAUUCAGCGGUUGGGGAUGUCUGCUCUGCACAUCAUCAUACUGAUGCUUUGCUUUACUUCCCUCUUGUUGACUUUUUUAUUAAGUAUUCCAGUCACAAUCUAUAUAAACAGAAAAGAUACUGGCACAAAACCCAUGUACAUAAAUUAUUUGCAGGUAGUCUGUCCCAACAUCUGUUUGUCUAUAGCAUUUGUUCUGUGGGGUGUAAUUGAAGGGUCUGUUGUUGAGGUAACAAUGUGUGCAACAAUUAAUCUGUCGAGGAUCAUUUUAUUAUUUCUUAUGGCCCCAUAUUUUAACUGGAACACAACAGUUUCUGUUGAUCUUCCGGUUUCCUUUCAUAGAAUAAUUGAAUACAUGGGCAUUCCCAUUGCAUAUCUUCUGAUUUCCACAGCGUUUUGCUCAGCUGUUCUUCAUGAUCUCUGGAAUGCAUCUAAGUGGUCUGAAGUUGUUCUUGUCAGUGCUGUGAUUAUUCUUCUGUCAUCCACACCAGUUUUUCUUCGAGCUUUAAGUGAAGUUUGCUUCACACAUUUUUUUGAGAUACAUUUUUCCCUUGGCUUUGUAACAAAGUAUAUAGGACACAUUCUCAUGCAGACAAGCAACUUUUUUGAAAUGCGCCUCCUCUUCUUUAGAUCAUCAAGUGUUAAUGAAUCAAUGAUUAUAAUGGCGUAUGCCAUUGGGGGAAUAUCUGCUGUCGUAUCAUUCAUAGUUCUUCCAAUUCCAGCAGUUCGACAUUACUUUUGUUUAAAACUUCCCAAACAUCAGCUUCAUACACUUAUAUGGAGAUGCUGUAAGUACACUAGCAAAUACCAUUUUAUUGUGCUAUACUGUACGUCACACAUUGGAAUGUUUGGUUACGACCUCUAGGAGUUGAUCAUAACAGAAAGGUGAGGAGUGAAAGUGGGAGAAUUAGAAUCAUAACCAGAGAUGAACCAGAAAAUCUGAGCAUAUCACACCAAGUCCUCAGCUCCUUACACUGGCUUUCAGCUAUAUUUAGGAUGGAUUUUAAAGUACUUUUACUCGUUUAGAAAUCACUCAAUGGCCUAGGACCUAAAUACAUUGCAGAUAUGCUCACUGAAUAUAAAAAUAACAGACCAUUCAGAUCAUUAGGACCGAGUCACUUAGAAAUACCAAGGGUUCACACAAAACAAGGGGAAUCCACUUUGAGCUAUUAAGCCACAAACAGUUGGAAUCAGCUUCCAGAAUUGAUCAAGAGCCGUAUGUAUAAAGGUGCUCAGAGUGAAAUUUUAGUCUUAAGUGUGUUUAAAAUUGACGUAAUUUUACCCUUAUUCCUAGACUUAAGAAUAAGAGUGAUUCAUAAAGGUUCCUAAGUGUUUCCUAAAAUUUUCUAAAAGUUCCUAAAUUAUUCAAGAGAGCUGGAGAGGCCUCCUAACCUAGUUAGAAGUACCAAGAUGGCAGCAAAGAGGAGACAAACACUUUCCAACAAAGAUAUGACAUAUAGAAUAGAAAACGUAGCAUCAGUAAUAAUUUGUGGUGAUUUUGCACAAUGCAAAGCAUUUAUAUAUAAAACAUUUAAAUACAAAAUAUUUUAAAGUCUUAAAUAAUUGUAUUGUAGUUACAUUAAAUGAUUGGUGUUGUGCUGCUGUGAUGUAACAGAGCAGGCUCACUAUUGGCUGAUUCAGAGGUCGAGGUUGGCCAUUUUGUGUUGACAUCAUUGUAGUCCUUAGUUCACAACACUUAAGAAUCAGACUUUACUGAAAGUUGCUUUUAGCUUCUUUAUAAAAGUCUUCAACUCUUAAAAUAAUUUUUUGACACUUAAAUCUAAGCUUAAUACUAUAAUCUGGGCCUGUAUGUAUAAAACUUCUUAAUUAAGAGCAUUUCUGAGAAGUUUUAUACAUAUGGGCCCAGAUUGCUAACUCAUUAGCCACAUUUAAAUCUAGACUCAAAACUCAUCUGUUUAGCUGUGAAUUUACUGAAUGAGCACUGUGCUAUGUCCAAACUGAUUGCACUGUAUUUUAUGUAUAAUCAUAAAAAUUAUACAAAAAAAAUUGUUCAAAAAAAGGGAUUUUCUACAAACAAAAAUGAAUGAAGUGGACAAGUGGUCAAAAAUUGUGUCUGACCAUUACUAUUAUGUCUGAAAUGUGCUUUAUAAAUAAACUUUCCCUACUUUCCCUGUGAUAAAAAAAAAGAUGAAAACAAAAUACAAUCAAAACUACUUUAACUCCUUAAGUAUAAACAAAGUGAAAAGAUGUACAAAAAACAAAGUGGCGUCUACUUCCCUCUAAAGUAAGUUAUAUUAAAAAGGUAUGUACAAUAUAUUGUAAUGGCUUGUAACAGACAAGUUAGAAUCAGAGUCAAACAGGCAAAGGUCAGGUAAACGGAGAACAGCAAAUCAGAAAUACCAAGACACAGAUACAGUCAGACUCUACACUCUAAACACAAUAAUUCACCAGUUUCUAUGAUACGAAACUCUACAAGAAACGAAUGAAUUGACAAAUACAUUAACACAAAGAUAAUGAGUUAACAAACAAAUACAAAUUGACAAGAAAAAUGAAUUUGGCAAAUGGUACAAAGAUGGCCACUGUUGAGAGUUUGGGGCAUUCCAAAGAAUAUUUGUAGUUGAACAUAUGAAAUGAACUUGUAACAGUUUAUUUGUCAUCUUCCCUGUAGGCAAUGAGGGAACUUUGUUAUUAAAUCAGAAAGAAGACCAGGACAAAAGGAGAAUUACAAUAAUACAACAAUACUCCCAAAAUUUUUUUUAAGGAAGUUGAUUGGGAGACAUUAAAGCUUUUCACAGUGUGUUUACGGAGCACAAUUUUACUGCGUUCUUCUUUGUUUCACUCUAUUUGUGUUAAACAGUUUAAACAUCUUAUUUUUAUGAAAACAUUUUGGCUUUAACAUUUUGGAUUUCUCUGUCUUUUCCCCAGAUUUAGUUUGGGCAAACAUUAUGCUUGUUACACUCAUCGGGCACAGUGCAUUUAUUUAUUUACCUUAACAAGAUUCUGGAGUAUACUAAUGAGCGUUUUGGAUGGAUUUUCGUCACAAUUCUUCUCCAUGUCUUGACUGCAACUGUUUCUGAGCGAUUUUCCAGAACACUUCCUGACGCUGUGUACAAUACUUUGUUCAUGUUUGGGGUAGCAGGUCUGCCAGUGAUCAACUCUGUUUCUCUUGCAACAGAAUUAAUACUGCAAACAAGGGGGAGAGAACAGUGGAUGACCUGCGUGUAUUAGUGCUGCCGUUUGAAAGCAUUAUGGCUGGUGUGUGGCUGAUUUUACAGAUCUGUGAAUACUGGGUAACGAAAUGGAGAGAUGUAGGGAAGGAGCUGUAUGCGCUAAGGGACUUUGUGGCACAGUUCAUAUCACAGCAAGGAGAUAUUGAUGAAUCAGAUAAUUUGUCAGAGAUUUGUCUUUCUGAGAUCCAAAGAUGUCAGCCAGAGGCAGCGCCAUUCCUGGAAGAGAGAGAACUUAGGAGGUUUAAAAUGUCAUAAACAACUUACCAUAUAUGACGAGCUAAUGUUACCUUACCUAUGCCAACUUUAAUUGAUUUCAAUUGAACAUUCAAUAAUUAUUGUACAAUUAAAUGUAAUUUAUUGUACAGUAAAAUUUUAAAUGUACUAAUGAAUUUAAAUAUAAAAUUGUAUAUAGUAAAAAAAAAAAAAACUGCUUAUAUUGUUAAUUUUUCUGUUCCCACUCUCAAUAAACAAUACUAUAAACAACAACUUGAUUGAUAUUGUUUGUAAUAAUAACCUGACUGUAUGGUUCUCUUUAAAAUAUGUCUCACAUGUAGAUUCACAUAGCCAAUUCAAUAACAUUUAAAAAAAAAAAUUCUGGAAACAUGCAAAAUGUCUCUAUAUUAAAGACGUAUCAGUCUGCCCUACCUCCUGAUAUGCUACUCCAGCUAAAAAAGAAACACAAAACCAAUUGGCAGCAUCAUGACACUGCUAAGCUGUUGAUUGGCUGAGGAUCUGUGUGUGUGUGGAGAGAGUGUGUAUGUGUGUCCUGUAUAAAGCACACUGCUCUGCAGCAUUUCUGAACUGGUGCAGUGCCGGUUCAUCUCCACUAAUGGUGUGCAGAACAAGGGGGACUUAAAAAGAAAAACUUCUCCAACCAACAAAACAUCAACAUCAUUUGAAAACCAAACAAAAAGCAAAAAAAAAAAAAAUCCUGCAUCAUGAGCUUUGACCCUUUCAUCUCCUCCUCCCUCUCCC